AUGAGCCGAACGUGUCAAACGCCAGGGAGACAAAGGCAUGCUCCCCGUAUUUAUCCAGGCGUGCUUUACGGCAGACUGGACAAGUUUAUCGUUCGGGAACAUGGGGAUUAUCAGACGAAUUUGUUUAUUCGAUAUGACUUUGAAAGCAAUAUACUUAUAGGUAGGAGAUUCAGUGACACAUCUGUACAGGAUGACAUGAAGUUAUGGCCAUUCAAGGUCAGUUCUGGUUCUGCAGAAAAGCCCAUGAUUGGGGUCUCUUACAAAGGUGAGGAUCAGUUUUCAGCUGGAAAGAUCUCUUCAAUGGUGCUCACUAAAAUGCGUGAAAUCGCUGAAGCUUUCAUGGGAUCGACUGUCAAAAACGCAGUCGUUACGGUCCCUGCAUACUUCAACGACUCGCAAAGGCAAGCCACGAAAGAUGCUGGUGUCAUAGCGGGUUUAAACGUGAUGUGUAUCAUCAACGAGCCGACUGCUGCAGCCAUUGCUUAUGGUCUAGACAAGAAAGCGUCUAGUGCUGGUGAGAAAAACGUGCUUAUUUUCGACCUCGGUGGUGGUACAUUUGAUGCAUCGGUUCUUACGAUCGAAGAGGGUAUCUUUGAAGUGAAGUCGACUGCGGGUGAUACGCAUCUUGAGGGUGAAGACUUUGAUAACCGAAUGGUGAAUCAUUUUGUUCAAGCACUAUGUUUUUGCAGGACUGGCGUGUUGAGUCAUUCCUAA